UGCCUCCACCUGUUUAGGGUCCCUUAAAAAAAAAAAGACGGAGUGAAACCUCCAACUUGACAAUAACUUUUCCCAGGAUCCCCCGCGUCACCGUGUGCACAUCUGCGGUUGUUUCAAACAUGGAGGAAAGAGAAAGAAAAAGUCUAAACCCCGAUAAUAAAGACACGACGGCCGCUGGUUGUUCGAGUGCGCCGUCGGUACCGGAGCGUGAACCGGAGGCACGCAGUAAAACCGGGGUCGUUGACGCAGAUAAAACCGACGUCUGCUCGGAUAACUUCGACCCUCUCUUGGCCUUGUACUCGCCGGCUGUGACGCUGCCUUUCCCAAACGUCAAGUGCUUCAACAAUGUGUCCGCGUACGAGAGCUUUCUGAAGGGCGGCCGGGGCAGAGCCAAACCGGAGAAUGUGGAGAAGAAGCGGCUGAAGGCGAUGAAAGGGGUGGCGGACCCGGAGCGCAUCGAAAGGCUGAAGAAGCUGAUGGUGAACAACCCGGUGUCGGGGACGGAGGAGGGGGAGAGCAGCGGCACACCGCAGAGGAGGGAGAGGGGGAGACACAAGCCCCAGAAAAAUGUCCUGACAAGGAUGCCCUUAUGUAAAGGCAGUCCAUUGGGGGAGCUGUACCGGUGCGUUGAGGAGAGGAUAAGGGUCAAAGUUCACAUCAGGACCUUCAAGGGGCUGAGGGGUGUGUGCACUGGCUUUGUUGUGGCCUUCGACAAGUUCUGGAACAUGGCAAUGGUAGAUGUGGAUGAGACAUACAGAGAGCCUCUGCUUGGAGAGGCAUUCUAUCAUGAGAAAGCCCUCACCAUCUCAAGGCUCUUUGAGAAGCUAAAUCUCCAGGAGAGCUCAGAAGGUGACGAGCCUCCGAAGAAGCACGAAGCCCAGGAAACAGCCAGCAAGCAUCAGGCCGCUCACUGUACUGGCAAAGGAGGGCACAGCAGGACAGAGUCCAAGCUGUCAGACACUGUUAGACCCAAACAGGAUAAACACAAAGUCUCACUGAAGGCCCAGGGUCCAGAGGUCUGUCAGAAGAAAGACUCCCAGAUGUAUGGCAAGGUCCAUACACGCCACAUCAACCAGCUUUUCAUCCGGGGGGAGAACGUCAUCCUGGUAAACCCACAGCCACUCUGAUAUUUGUUUUCUGUUUGAUACUUACCCUGGAUAACAGAACAAAUGUGCUACAACCGCAAUCUGUAAAAUCUAAGUGUUAUUUGAUGCUGAACAUGUUAUAUCAUAUUGAUAUGGAGGUUUUCUCUGCCCACCAGAGGAAUUAUCUUGAUUUUGAGGAAUAAAAGCUUCUCAUUUCUUACUAUA